UAAUUGAGAUCCACUGGGGACACGAGAGUUAUACUUCGAGAACCCCCGAGACGAAAUCGUUCCGCGCAUUCCGUAUAAAUUUCGAUGGCCUGCUGACCGAAUCUGCGCCUCAAGCCGAGCUGUGAUAUAAAUAGGAAUCUCCGUAGAAUCUCUGAAAACCCUUAAUUUGUCGUGACUUUGUGAGAAAUGCAUUCCCUGGCAUUGUUCGGACUUCUGUUUGGUGGCCUAAUGGCAGUUAGCUGGGCAGCCACCACUCAACCACCGCCAUUGAUCCGGACUCUUAGUGCCGGUGGCGAUAUUGGACCUCAGUUUAAAUUGGAGGAUCAGCAGUCCAGCAAGAGGGAACCAGAAGAUGCGCAAUUCUGGCACAAAGUGGCUAUGAGGCAGCUGGAGAAAACGAUCAAGCAGGCGGAAAAAGUUGGCGAGAAGUCCUACAGGAAGAAGGCCAAGAACAUUAUCGUUUUUAUUGGUGAUGGCAUGGGUGUGUCCACGAUCAGUGCUGGUCGCAUCUACAAGGGUCAGUACUUGAAGCACGGUCCUGGCGAGGAGGAGUCACUGGUCUUUGAUGACUUCCCCAACACAGGAAUGGCAAAGACUUACAAUGUGGAUAAGCAGGUUCCUGAUUCCGCGGGAACGGCCACAGCUUUGUUUUCUGGAACCAAGGCACAUUAUGGAGCCAUUGGCAUGGAUGCCACUCGCUCCAAGACAAAUGCCAAAUCGGGUCGCGUCCAGAGCAUUAUGGAUUGGGCCCAAAAGGAGGGAAAACGCACUGGAGUAGUCACCACGACCAGGAUCACGCAUGCCACACCCGCUGCCACAUAUGCCCAUAUAUACAACCGGGACUGGGAGUGCGAUACUGAGGUUCCUGCGGAGUCUGUGGGCAUUCAUGCUGAUAUUGCCCGGCAGCUGGUGGAGAAUGCCCCAGGAAAUCGUUUCAAUGUAAUCCUGGGUGGAGGAAUGUCACCCAUGGGAAUCUUAAACGCCUCCGAGGUGCGAACUACAGUCUUCGAGGGACCAACUGAAACCAUUUGCGAGAGAGGCGAUGGUAGGAAUCUUGCUGCCGAGUGGUUGGCCCAUCAUGCCAACGAUUCAGUGCCCCCUGUUUUAGUUCACAACAGAAGGAAUUUGUUGAAGGUGAAGGUCAAGGAGGUGGAUCACCUGAUGGGUCUGUUCCGGAACAAUCACAUCACCUACUCCAUUGCCAGAGAGGCGGGCGAGCCAUCGCUACAAGAUAUGACCGAGGUGGCCUUGGCAGUCCUAGACAGAGGCGACGAUUCCGAGGGAUUUGUACUCCUGGUGGAAGGAGGUCGCAUCGAUCAGGGGCACCACAUGAACUAUGCCCGCGCUGCCCUACACGAGGUCUACGAAUUCGAUCUGGCCAUCCAGGCGGCGGUGAACAACACGAAUCCCAAGGAAACUCUGAUUAUAGUGACGGCCGAUCACUCGCAUGCGGUCACCUUCAAUGGCUAUGCUCUCCGAGGCGCAGAUAUCCUGGGAGCAGCCAACUCGCAUGAGAAAAGCGAUCCCAUGGUCUAUGAGACCAUAACGUAUGCCAAUGGACCCGGCUACUGGGAUCACUUGGCCAAUGACUCGCGGCCCCAGAAUAGCUCCAACAUGUGGAUGCCCCUGAAGCAGUUCACGGCUGAGGAGCGAACUGCACCCACCUACCGCCACAUGGCCACAGUGCCCCGCAAGGACGAGACCCACGGCGGUGAGGAUGUGGCGGUUUUCGCCUACGGUCCUGGUUCCAGUCUAGUCCGCGGCGUCUUCGAGCAGAACUAUCUGGCCUACGUGAUGAGCUAUGCGGGUUGCCUGGGUCCGGCCAAAAACUUUGACGACUCCUGCGAGGAUCAUGAUGAUCAUUACGAAAGUAAUGCCGCCGUUUUGGUGGCUUAUUCGGGGCCCAUUUUAGUCCUGGCUUUAGCCAUGUCCUUUCUGUUGAUUUAAUUAGUAUUACGAAUUGUUUUGUUGAUUGUGUGUGAAUGGAGGAGAAAACGUUGAUAUUUAUCAAAUAGAAGUACUAAAAAUUA